AUGAUUGGUGACACGGUGGAGAUCAACAAUAAGGAGCUCAUCGAAUGGAUCGAUGGCAUCCCAUUUUCGAGACCCGCGAGAAACUUAACGAGGGAUUUUUCGGAUGCCGUUCUUACGGCAGAGGUUCUAAAAUUAUACUAUCCCCGACAUGUGGAGCUUCACAAUUAUGUUUCGGCGAAUAGCAUAAACACAAAAAAGGAGAACUGGAAGAUGCUAAAUCGAAAAGUGCUCGCAAAACUUGAUAUAAAAUUGAGCAGCGACGUUAUUCAUCAACUGGCGAGCGAUUCGCUCGCGAACGUUACGACGGAGCGGAUUGAAGAUGCAAACGACGAAAAUGUGCAACGUACAAUUUACACGGAGUUAAAGCAGGAGCUGCGUGAAAAGGAGGAAGUAAUAAGCACUUUGAAUCACAAAAUCGCAUAUCUGGAGAGUUCGAUGAAGCUCAAGGAUCUGCGCAUCUCCAGUCUGGCGGCACAGAUCCUGCAAAACGCCGUCGAAAUGGAUAAAUCAGCGAAAUCGCAAUCAAUCGAUGGCACACGCACUAAAUUACGCUCGCGAUCGCACAAUUUUCACGAAGCCAAAACGAAUUAG